GUUUUCCAUCACCUCUUUUUCUUCUUGUUUACUUAGAAGACCAGUUGUCGUAACGCGCAUCAUGUCAUAUUCUACAAAGAUUCAACCUGCAAAGCGUGUAUCCACCUUUAGUCGAGAUGUUUGGUCCAUUUUUACUCCACUUGCAGCCGAAACAAAGGCUAUCAAUUUGGGACAAGGGUUCAUGAACUUUUCUCCUGCCCAUGUUGUACAAAGUGCAUGUAAGCAGGCCAUUGACAAAGUUGAAUCCAAUCAAUACAGCCAUCCAAAAGGUCUUUUACGCUUAAGAAACGCGCUAGCAGCUUCUUAUAAACAACAAUUCAAUGGUCGAGAAUUAGACCCUGAGACCAACAUUAUUGUCACUGCAGGUGCUAAUGAAGGUAUUUUUGCUACCUUGGCUGGUUUCUUGGAUGAAGGCGAUGAAGUGGUUGUUAUUGAGCCAUUCUUUGAUCAAUAUAUUCCCAAUAUUACCAUGAACGGUGGUGUACCUGUCUAUGUUCCCUUGAGACCUCCUACUGAUGCUGAUCAGCGUGUGGUCUCUUCUCAUGAAUGGACUUUGGACAUAAAGGAACUGGAAUCUAAAAUAACCAAUAAAACAAAGAUCAUCAUCAUCAAUACUCCUCACAACCCAGUAGGCAAAGUAUUUAGCGAACAAGAACUUAAUGCAAUUGGACAAGUAGCUGAAAAGCACAACUUGUUGAUCAUAUCAGAUGAAGUGUAUGAUCGUCUCUAUUAUCCUCCCUAUGAAAGAAUUCCCAGAAUAGGUAAUCAGUUUUGGAACCGUACAAUUACCGUUGGCUCAGGCGGCAAAAGCUUUGCAGCAACCGGCUGGCGUGUAGGAUGGCUUAUUGGUCCUGCAGAGCUGAUUCAGCACGCAUAUGCUGCUCAACUUCGAGUUGUCUUUUGUGUGAACUCGCCAUGUCAGGAGGCUGUUGCUGCUGGUAUUGAAGCCUCCUUGACGGAACCGAUCUUUGAACAACAGAUUGAAGACUAUAUUAAGAAGAAGGCCAUUCUUUCCAAGGUCUUUGAUGAACUCAAUUUGCCUUAUACUGUGCCUGAGGGUGCAUAUUAUUUCUUGGUCAACACGAGCAAGAUCAAGAUUCCAGAAGGUUAUGAAUUUCCUGAUAUUUUAAAUGAUCGAGGCGACGAUUUUAAAAUGUGUUACUGGUUAACUAAGGAAAUUGGUGUUUGUGCUAUUCCCCCAUCCGAAUUUUACAUGAAGGAACACUGGCCAUUAGCUUCGAAAUUCGCUCGUUUUGCAUUUUGUAAAACAAAUGACGUAUUAGAGCAAGCUGUUGAAAGACUAAAGAAGUUAGAAAAGUAUAUUCAAUAAACGAAUGCAUGAAAAUAAGACGGAGACGGACGAAAUCGGAAACUAGUAAACG